AUGUCUACAUCUGCCGAUACUCACCCGCCGAGCACGAGCAACCAGCACACCAGUAAGAAACUCGUGAUUCUUUCACUCGCCUCUUUGUUAGUAGCGAUACUCCUCGCUGCGUUCGGAUACGGGCUCAGCACCGAGAAUACCAAUACCAAUAUCACCGCCAAGCUGUUCGGGCUUAGACGACUCUUUGGAACGCAGUCGGCUGCUGCUGCUGCAGUGAAAAGAGACAUAUCGACAAGCUCUGCUAUUCCGAAGUCCGGCAGCACGAUGAAGACUCCUGUUUACUUUUUGAGUCAUGGGGGUCCGAAUAUCAUGUAUGAGCAAGACCACCCGGCGUACCGUAAAUUAAGUGAGAUCGGGCGCGAGAUCACCACCAAAGUCAAGCCACGGGCUGUUGUGGUAUUCUCUGCCCACUGGCAGGCUGGUCGCGACACGAUCCAAGUGAAUACGGCUGAGAUGACUGAUCUUAUAUACGAUUUCUACGGCUUCCCGAGCCACUAUUACAAGGAGAAGUUCCCCAACGUCGGGAGCAAGGAGAUUGCGAACAAGGUGCUUAGUGCGUUGAAGGAGGCGGGCAUCAAAGCGGAGGGAGUCAAAAGAGGUUUAGAUCAUGGGGUCUGGGCCAGCUUUAAAUGCGUGCAGGUGUCAUUGUUCAACACCGAGGAUCCUGCCCAGCACUACCGACUCGGACAAGCGGUGUCCAAGCUGCGCGAUGAUAAUAUCCUGAUCAUUGUAUCGGGUAUGGCAGUCCACAACCUGCGUGAUCUGCAGUUCACUUGGGGCAACCCCAAGCCAAUGCCGUACACUACAAGCUUUGACGAGGCUCUGAAGGACGCUGUCACGAAGCCGCCUGCGGAAAGAGAGCAGGCUAUGAGUGACCUCCUCAAACGACCCGAUGCCCGUCAAGCACAUCCUUCCUUUGAUCAUCUGCUGCCAAUUCAUAUUGGAGCUGGCGCUGCGGGGGAUGAUCUUGGAAAAAGACUCUGGACGCUGAAGGAGGGAAGCAUGAGCUGGGCGCAGUAUAGAUUUGGUGAUGUAGGCAAUAAUAGCGCGCUGUAG